CCGGAGAAUCUUCUCUUUACAACGGCUGAGGAGAAUUCCGAUCUACUUAUUGCUGAUUUCGGUCUUUCUCGAAUUAUUGAUUCUGAAAAUUUUUAUUAUCUUACUACAACAUGUGGUACCCCUGGCUACAUGGCACCCGAAAUUUUUAAAAAGACGGGGCAUGGUAAACCAGUCGACCUAUGGGCUAUUGGUGUGAUUACUUACUUUUUAUUGUGCGGUUAUACACCAUUUGACCGAGAGGAUAGUCAAGAAGAAAUGCAAGCUAUUCUUAGAGCUGAUUAUAAGUUCGAACCUCCAGAAUAUUGGGAAGGGAUAAGCAUUCAAGCCAAAGAUUUUAUUGCCAAAUUGUUGGUCGUUGAUCUGAAGGACCGCCUCACUGCUGAACAAGCUCUUCAGCAUGAAUGGCUUCAAGAACCUUUACCAAGUCCAGUUGGUACAAACUUUGAUUUGUUGCCUAGUGUUCGUAACAAUUUCGACGCCCGUAAAACAUUUAAGAGGGCUGUCGAUACAGUCAGAGUGAUUAACACCUUUAGAAACAAUAGUCUCAACCUUGCCAAUUUAAAAAAAGAGGCGGACGAAAGUGUUGAUAAUACACCUAACUGGAUAUCAACUUUCGGGCUCUUAAUUAAUUGCGAAAUGACACCGGAUAUGGCACCAAGUAGUAGCGAAGAAGAUCCUCGACUUAGAAAACUUACACAAGAACUUUGUAGUCAACUUGCAGUCAAUCGUGAACAAGUUAGGCGGUUACAGCAACAAGUAGAUGAAUUAAAAAGUCGGGCUGAAAAAUACGAGGGCCCUUUAAAUCGUUCAAAUUAUAAAGGUCCACCGUUUGAGGCUGGAACAGAUAUAGAGCGUCAGAAUGCACAAUUAAUCUAUGAAAACCGACAAUUAAAUGAAGAAAAUUCGGAAUUAUUAUCUAUAAUUAAAGAAUAUGAAACAACAUUGCAAAUAGUUAUGAAGAAAUUUCGAAUUCAAUCUUGUGAAAUACAACGAAGUAAAUUAGAUAUGCAACGCGAUUAUGAAGCACUAUUAGAGGAGGAACGGGCAACCACAUCACAAGUGAUAUCAGAAAAUGUCACCCUACAAUCAUAUAUUUCCAACAUUAGCAGUUUAGUCAGAGAAGCAUACAAUGCUCAAACUGAUUUGGAUACAGAUAUUCUAAUAGAAAGUCUGAAAGUAGAAAAUCAAGGAUUGAAACAAAUGCUUAAUAUUGCUAACAUUGACUCUGAAGUUGAUUUACAAAAUAAUUAA